AUGAAGCAGUCGCGUGCGGAGCUCCCUCCAGUCACUUUUCAUCCAUGCGACAGACAGGCCGUGGCUGAGAUUACCUCCUUGGGGCGGAGCCAUGCCUGGCAGAAGGCCUUGAGCCGGCUCCAGGAAGCCAGUGCCGGCUCGGGCUCGGGCGCCUCCAUCGCGGCCUGGAGCAGCUGCAUCAAAGCCUGCAAAGGCGAAGGGCGCUGGCCGAUUGCCAUAGGCUUGCACGAUGCCAUGAUGCGCAGCAUCAUCAAGCCCAAUGUCGUCAGCUAUGGAAGUACUGUCUCAGCUCUUGCUGCUGACGUGCAGUGGGUGUGGGUGCUGAAGGCAUUGGAAGACAUGGAGAGUCGUUUUCUUCAGCCGAACUUGGUGGUGUUGAACUCUGCAAUCCGCUCAUGCGGCGAGUGGAAUGUCGCACUGGCACUACUCGAUGACCUCCAGCAGAACUUGCUUGAAGCCGAUGUGAUAAGCUUCAAUGCUGCCAUCGCCGCUUGCGUUCACAACUGGGAGGUGGGGGUCGAAAUACUUCAGCAGAUGCAUGAGGCCUUGAUUUUGCAGGAUGUGGUGACCUCCACUGGUGUCAUCAAGGCUUGUGGCAGCAGCAUCCAAUGGCAGGUGGCCUUGGAAGUGCUCGACACGACGUCUCGGAAAGGCCUUCGACUCGACGUUCUGUGCUUCAACUGCGCCCUGAAUGCAUGCGAAGCUGCAAGCAGAUGGGUCUCCGCUCUGCAGCUGAUCGGAGCAAUGGCCUCCAUGGAGCUUCGCCCCGAUGACGUGACGUUGGGGACUGCCACCUACGCAUGUGGCAAAGCCGGACGGUGGGAACACGCUCUGCUGCUUUCUCUAUCUCUACAUGCUGGGCAGAGGAGCGUGUUUUCGCAGACGGCAGCAGUGUCAGCAUUUGCGAAAGCGGGGCGAUGGGAUCUAGCGCUGAGCAGUUUGGAAAGCAUGCGGCAGUUAUCUACACCGCCCAACCAUGUGACCGUCGGUGCAGUGAUUUCAGCGUUUGCCAACGCGGCCUGUUGGGAUCGAGCUUUGUCUCUGCUUUGGGAGAGCAGGCAUACGCUUCCACUCACUGUGGGCUGUUUCAAUGCUGCCAUGCAAGCGUGUCACCUCGCCGGCCAGUGGCAGCAUGCCCUCCAGGUCUUGUGUCAGAUGGAACAUACACCGGACAUCACCAGCCAGAAUAUCGCAAUGAAUGCCUGCGGUCUCCAGUCGCAGUGGCAGCGCGUCAUCGACAUGCUGGAGGACUGCCGCCGCCGAGAGCUCCAAGCGGACGAGCUGACGCACCGCGCAGUGCUGACCGCCUGCAGCGCGGCCACGCAGUGGAGCCAAUGCUUGAGAGCUCUGGCUGAGCGGCCCAUCGCUUUGGUCUCUCAGACCAUCGCCAUCGACUCUUUGCGGGCGGAGGGCCCAUGGGCCCUGGCUCUGGCGCUCCUUCAGGACCUGGAGCUCCGAGGUGUGGAGUUUGACACCGUCCUUUGCAACGCCGCCAUCAACGCCUGUGCCGGCAGUGGGCAGUGGGAAGCCGGCCUCAGCCUGAUGGCACGGAUGCAUCGGGAACGGAUCGAGCAGAGCGUCGCGACCCACACCUCCGUUUUGAUGGCAUCUGCCGUCGCUGCUCUCUGGGAUGUGGCGCUGACGCUUCUCGGAGAUUUGCGGUCGAGAUCGGCAUCGACCUUGCAGAUCACCUGCAGCUCGGCAAUGAGUGCAUGUGAGAAGGGCAUGCGAUGGGAGCAUGCCUUGGCCCUGUUCUCCGACUUGGCGCACAACGAUUUGACAGCCGACGCCAUCUGCUACAACGCAGCCAUCGAGGCUUGCUCUGCUGCUGAAGAGUGGACCAUCGUCAGCGAGCUCAUGCGAGCCUCCCUGCAGUCUACUCACAGCUUCACCAUCGCAGCCUAUGAUCAUGCGGUGCAAGCAGGAAGUUCUGUGGAUUGCUUCAAGCAUAUCGUUCUCAUUUGUCUACUGCAAAGCAUGGUCAGAGAUGGCGACCCCUUCCUGUUGAUCGACACGCACGCUGGAAGAGGUCUUUACGACCUUACUCAGGAGGUGCCCCUGCAGAGGAACGCCUCCAAAUGGGGAGUUCAGCAACUGGCAGAAGCUGCAUCUGCCUCCGAUGCUCUUGUGGAUGCUUUCGUCCGCACACAGCGCGGCUCUCUGGAUCGUGACUUCCAGCCUCUUCCUCUUCGUUUCUACUUGGGAUCUCCGGCCAUUGCGCUGCAGUGGCUUCGGCCGCAAGACCGCGGCCUCUUCUUCGAGCUCUCGGAGCCCGUGUUUGCAGACCUACAAAGUUGCUUCAACAGCUUGGCUAGCACAUCAACGGCGUCCUCAGUCGAGCUGCGCUGUGCCAACUCAUAUUCCUGGAUCUUGGACCACCUUGCAACGCUUCCCAAAAGAAGCCUCGUCUUCGUGGAUCCGCCCUACGAGCCCUACGAUGUUUCUAUGGCCUGCAAUCUGGUGCUGCUUGAAGAGCUGCUUGAAAAGGAGCGGGACCCGAAACGACAGUCUUCCCUAAACUGGGAAGCCUGCUGCGUCGUGUGGUAUCCCUUGCUGGAUGGCCUUGACAUUGCGCCUUUUUAUCACCGGAUUGCAGAGCUGACCAAGGCAGCUGAGUGGAAUGUUCGAGCGCAGCAGCAGGAAGCCGUGUUGAAGACGUUCUUUGGGGUUUGCUGUGUCCGAUUGAGAAUAUCAAAGUUCUGCUCAUCCUUUGGCCGUCCCUCUCUCCCCGAGUCUUCUUGA